CAUUGCCUUCUUCUUGCCUUGAACCGCUAAUUACUGCGCACGGAGCUAGCUAGCACCCCCUGCAAAUUGAGAGCGGAGUAAUCAAUGGCGGUGGUCCUGGAUGCCUUGGCAUCCUACGUCCAAAACAUGCUGACGGAAAUGGCCAAAGAAGAGGUGGCGAUGUUGCUAGGAGUCCCUAAGGAAAUGGACAAACUUGGCACCAAGCUCGGGGACCUCAAGAAGUUCCUUGCUGACGCUGAUAGGAAGAACAUCACUGAAGAGAGUGUGCAGGAAUGGGUGAGAGAGCUUAGAGACGCCAUGUACAAUGCCACCGACAUCCUCGACCUGUGCCAACUCAAGGCCAUGGAGCGGGGCCCAUCAUCCUUGGACAUGGGGUGCUUCAACCCUUUGCUCUUCUGCAUGCGCAAUCCUCUCUUCGCCUAUGACAUCGGCACUCGCAUCAAGAAGCUCAACAAGAAGCUGGACGACAUCAAGGAGCGUAGCGCUUCCUUCAGCUUCAUCAACCUCGGCUCCUACGAGGACCAAGCAAGUAGGAAGGUGAUAUCAUCUCGCCUCGCCAACCGCGAGACGUCAGGGCAGCUCGAUCGAUCCAGUGUGGUCGGUGAAAAGAUCGAAGCAGACACAAGGAAGCUGGUGGAGAUGCUAACAGGGGCUAGCCAUGAUGAUAAUAACAAAAUUAUGGUCUUAGCUAUUGUUGGUGUUGGAGGGAUCGGCAAGACCACCCUCGCCCAAAAGAUAUUUAACGAAGACACCAUCAAACGUGACUUCACCAAGAGGAUAUGGUUGAGUGUCAAUAAGGAAUUCAGUGUCGUUGAGAUGCUGAGGAGAGCCAUUGUCGAAGCUGGGGGAGACCACCAAGCAUCCGGGAAUGCAAAAGCCACACUUCAGCGAACCCUUGAGAGUGCCUUGGAGGGGCACAAAACCUUGUUGGUGAUGGAUGAUGUCUGGGAUCACCGGGCAUGGGAGGAUGUGCUUAAAACACCAUUGGUCAAUGCCGUUGGUCGUGGUAGUCAAGUCCUCGUCACCACAAGGCACAACAUGAUUGCACGAGCUAUGAAAGCCAGGGAGCCCUACCACCACGUCGACAAACUAGACUCUGAAGAUGCCUGGUCCUUACUCAAGAAGCAGGUAAUUGGAAAUGGAAAUGAUGAACCUCUGAUUGAUAUGCUAAAGGAUAUUGGAAUGAGCAUUAUAGCAAAAUGUGAUUAUUUGCCACUUGCGGUCAAAGUAAUGGGAGGACUCCUGUGCAAGAAAAUGGCAAGACGAGGAGAUUGGGAAAAGGUCCUAAAUAAUUCUAUAUGGUCAGUAUCUCAAAUACCCGAAGAGCUAAACUAUGCAGUAUACCUUAGCUAUGAAGACUUGCAUCCUUCUUUGAAGCAAUGCUUUUUACACUACUCCCUCAUCCCUAAUAAGAGCACAGAGUUCUUCGUUGAUGACAUUGUUAGUAUGUGGAUUAGUGAAGGAUUUGUUGACGGGAACUCAGAUGAAUUAGAAGAAUUAGGAACAGAGUACUACAACGAAUUAAUACUGAGAAACCUUAUAGAGCCAGAUCCUUCGUACGCUGAUCCAUGGGUUUGCAACAUGCAUGAUGUUGUUCGCUCAUUUGCUCAGUAUCUGGCUAGAGAUGAAGCACUAGUAGCUCACAAAGGACAAAUUGAUAUUAUUGGUAAACUUAAGUCACAAAAGUUUAUUCGGUUAUCACUGGAAACUGAGGGUUCAGAAUCAGAUGAGUUAGCAUGGAGUUCUCUACAAGCACAGAAAUCACUGAGAACGCUAAUAGUAGCUGGGCACAUAGGGAUUAAAGCUGGUGAUUCGUUGGCUACCUUUUCAAGUCUACGUACCCUACAUAUAGACUCAACAAAUUUUGAUGUAUUGGCUGGAUCUUUGUAUCAACUCAAACACUUGAGGUAUUUCUCCAUCCAAAACAGUAGCACAUCUAGACUGCCCGAAAAUAUUGGCAAGAUGAAAUUCUUGCAGUACAUCAGCCUAGGUGGUUGUGAAAAUUUGGUGAAGCUUCCUGGUAGCAUUGAAAAGCUACGGCAGCUGAGGUUUCUUCGCCUUGCUGGCACAAAUAUAAAUAAUAUACCAAGGGGAUUCUUCGUUCUAACUAAUUUGAGGAAACUGUUUGGGUUUCCAGCCCACAUGGAUGGUGACUGGUGUAGCCUGGAAGUGCUGGGACCUCUUUCCCGGCUCAUGGACCUUUCCGUAUAUUGUCUAGAUGAUGUAUCUGCUGCCUCGUUCGCCACAAAGGCCAGGCUUGGUGAAAAAGUGCAUCUCAGGUAUCUGUCCUUAUAUUGCACUAGUAGACGAGGGGAUGACGGCCGGUUGGACGAAUGCGCCUCUGAGGAAGAGCAGCAACGAAUCGUGGACGUGUUUGAGGAGCUCUGUCCUCCGCCCUGCUUAGAAGUUCUUGGAAUUAAAGGAUAUCUUGGGCGGUGGCUCCCAAGGUGGAUGACAUCAAAUGCAGCCGCACCCCUCAAGAACCUGCGGAUUAUAUUGAUGGAUGAUCUGGCUUGUUGCACCGAGCUCCCUAAUGGCUUGUGUCAUCUACCUUGCUUGGAGCUGCUUCAGAUUGUUCGAGCCCCAGCCAUCAAGCGUGUUGGGGCAGAAUUCCUGCAUCCUCCCCAGUUGGCAGCUGCGUUUCCCAAAUUGCACCGCCUCGAAUUCAAUGGAAUGGUGGAAUGGGAGGAGUGGGAGUGGGACGAGCAAGUGCAAGCCAUGCCUUACUUGGAGGAGCUUCUUCUCAAGCGUUGCAAGUUGAGGUGUAUUCCUCCUGGCCUUGCCUCCCAUGCGAGGUCUUUGAAAAAGUUACUUGUAGAUGAGGUUCAGCACCUCAACUCCCUGGAGAAUUUUGCUUCCGUUGUUGAGCUCCAAGUGUACAAGAACCCCGACCUAGAGAGGAUUGCUAAUCUUCCCACGUUGCAGGAGCUUAGUAUAUCUAUAUGCCCAAAGCUGAAGGUAUUGGAGGGGGUCUCUGCACUCCAAAGACUCGAGCUGAAGGAUUACAACAUUGAGACGCUCCCUGGAUACCUCAAGGAUGUGAAACCAAGGCAUUUGCAUCUAGACUGCAACUUAUCACUGCUCACUUCCAUAGCCGCAGGAAAAUCUAGCCGUGAGUGGGACAAGUUUAGCCAUAUCCAACAAGUCAGGGCAUAUGCAAACGAUGGAGCUACUGAAAGGAAAUGGUACGCGUUGUACACAAGAGAUCCUUUCAACUUGGAGACAAACAUCGUUAACAUCUCUUCCUAAUCUGAAGGGGAUGGAAACAAAGAGGCUUCAAGCGACGAACAAGAUAGUUCUGUUGGGUUUCCCUGUUGUGUUUUUCAACUAUCCUGUGACGUAUCAAAGGAGAAGCCCGGUGGAUUCUGCAGUAUUCUUGCUCCAUCGCGGCGACGGUCCCCUUCGCCGCCGCCUAGUUCCUCCCCGCCCACCUCGACUCCUCCCCACGCAUCGCUCCUCACCGCGCCCCCCCCGCCACGAACCUCUCCUUCUCCCCGCUGCCCCCCCCCCUCCUCGUCCUCGUCGGCGUCCUUCCUCCGCCUCCGAUCCGCGUCUCCAUCCGGCCCCGAAGUUAGGCUCCCCACGCCCCCGCCCGUGGCGGCGGAUCUGGCGACGCCGCUGACUCCGGCGUCCGUGCGCGCCGUGCUGGUGCUCUUCUUGCUCUCGGUGACGGGCGUUGUGCUCCUGCUGCGGUGGCAGGCCAACUCCUCGCCGCAGUGGGUCUUUGAGGCCGAGCCCCCGGCGGAAGACGAUGACCAAGGGUUCUGGCAGAUUCCGUGCGCAAGUAUGUCGUAUAGCUGAGGGGAGGAUCGAGUGGGCUGGGGUGGAAGUCAAGACAGAUAGCAAGAGAAACAGCAAAUUUGCAAUUAACAAAACAUCUGAGAGUCGCCAUCAUCGAUAGCAACCCUGCAUUGAAGUCAAGAAAUUAUCUGACAAGAAACAGUAUACCCGAUUCAAGGGUCAGUACUGUUACUCCUGCAACCAUUUCCUUCUUCAAAGGAGACUAGGGCGGAAGCGAGCGUCGACUAUGCGAGGCGAGGCGAGGCACGGCGAUUCACGGAGGAGCUCACGGGGAGAAGGACCUCAUGGGCGGUGGCAAUUCCAGAGGAGGUGGCGGUGAUGGCGCGCGGAGCAGAGGCGGCAGUGGUAGCGAGUGCGCGCGGACGGCAAAGUCGGUCGAAGCAUCAGGGAGCGGAGGCGCGUAUUUAACGGGCGAGCGAGGAAGGAUUUUUGGAGCGAGCGAGUCGAACUCCAGAUCGGACGGUCAUCAACUCCGCAGCUCAGAUCCGACGGUUUCCAAUGCAUGUGCCGACGUGGAUACCCUCAGACGGCUGAAACGCACCCACGUUUAAUAUAGUAAGAUAUGUUUUGA